GAAGCACUUCGAUAAGUGAAAUGUGGAGAAACACACUCUCUCUCUCUCUCACACACACACACACACACAGAAAGCAAAGAGAGAGAGAGAGAGAGAAAGAGAAAGAGAGAAGGGAGGUGGCUAAUCAAGGGAAGAGUGAGGCGUGCUCAGACUGAGAGUACGAAUGUGUGGAGGAAGAGAGCUGGUGAAGGUUCACUGUUCACAUAGAAAUAUCCUCUACAAAAAGAACACAGUUUUUGAAGGUUCACCUUUUCUUUUUGUCCUUUUCACCCUGCUUGUGCUUUGGGGAUUUUUUCGGAACUACGGAUACACUUGAGGAUCCUUCAGCUUUAAAGCUUUAUUCAUAGCUGUGCUUGAUCUGAAGUCAUCCUCUGUCUGGGGCUCCAGCUUUCCUUUGACAUGGGGUUUAAGAGGGAACUCAUUUUUCUCGCCUUGAUGUAUGCACUGGUGAAAUGUGACACGUGCCGUGUGGGCCUCGCAAAAAAACGUGGAACUUGUGUCGAUAUCGAUGAGUGUAACGACACUAGGAAUCUAUGCGGGAACGAUUCGAGGUGCUUCAACACAAACGGAAGUUACUACUGUCAGUGUAACCCUGGCUACAUUAAUUCUAAGGGGAAUAAUACUAACUUCACAGCAGUAGAUGGGCAGUGCCAAGAUAUCAACGAGUGUAACAACAACAAAAACAUCUGCGGUCCUAAGGCCAGUUGCAGUAACCUGUAUGGCAGUUACGUAUGCAACUGUCAGCUUGGGUACACCAAUGUCAGCGGUAAAGGCUGUGAAGAUAUUGAUGAAUGCUGGGAAGCUGAAAAAGAAGAAGACGACAUAUGUGGAGAGAAAGGGACAUGUAAGAAUCUUAAUGGGAGUUACUGGUGCAAGUGUCAGAAAGGAUACACCAAUUAUGGCAAGGAAAGGAUGCCAUGCUCGGAGCUUAACUGUAAUAGCUUCACUCCUGACGGCGGCCCUCCACAGACGCUCAAAGGCCUGGGAGCCAUUUUGUUCAUGAUGAGAAACAGCUGUCUGGCUCUGUCGAGCUCGAGCGCUGGUGGUGAAGGGAACGCAGAAGGAGACGCUCUGUUGGAGCAACUUUUCACAGCGACUGAGGAGAUUCUGUCCCCUCGGCACCCUGGACACCUGAACAGUACUGAAGGUAUGAGUGGGCUGCUCAGCACGGUGGAGAAAUCUAUUUUAUUCAUUGGUCCUCAACUCAAAGGCAACCGCACCAAGAUAGAGACCACAACGGCAGAUGCAGAGAUUGCGGUUCAAAGAGGAAAAACACCGCCUACUGGGCAAGUCCAUUUGGAAAGUGAAAAUGCAAGUCUCGACAUUGACUGGACAACAGCUGCUGGGACCGAAACUUACCCCGGUUUUGCCAUGGCUGCUUUGUUGAGCUACAAGAACCUUGAGACAUCCAUGAACCACUCAUUUAAUGACAUCAAAAAGGAUGAAGACGAAGACAGUGUGGAAUCCAGCUUCCAGGUCUUCUCUAAAGUUGUGUCUGUUGUUGUCUCCAACCCGUCCACUGACAAACUGAGCCACCAUGUCAACAUCACUCUCAGACAUCUCCAGGUAGUCCCACAUAACAUCGAGGAUUCUUCUAAUGUCAGCUACAUCUGUGCAUACUGGGAUGAGUCAGGGGCCUGGUCCACACAUGGUUGUCUUCAGCAGUAUUCCAACGAGACUUACACAAUUUGUACAUGUAACCACCUGAGCAGCUUCGCCGUACUCAUGGCCCGUCAUAAAAUGAAGCACACCUUUGGGCUCAUGGUGGUGACCAAGAUAGGCCUGAUCAUAUCUCUGCUGUGUUUGAUACUGUGCAUCCUGACGUUCAAGUUCUGUCGCUCCAUACAAGGGACCCGCACCACCAUCCACUUGCACCUCUGCAUCUGCCUCUUCAUGGCAGACCUCGUCUUCCUGGCUGGCAUUUCACAAACUAAACCUGAGGGUGGCUGCAAGUUCGUUGCGGCGUUGCUUCACUUCUUCUUCUUGGGCGUAUUCACAUGGAUGCUGUUAGAAGGGGUGCAGCUGUACCGCAUGGUCGUCCUUGUGUUCAAUGCCAGCAUUCGGCCUCUCUACCUAUAUGUCACAGGUUAUGGGGCGCCUCUUGUUAUCGUCGCAAUAUCUGGCAUCAUUAGACCACAAGGCUACGGCACUGACGAGCACUGCUGGCUAUCCCUGAACAACGGCCUCAUCUGGAGCUUCUUCGGCCCGGUGUGCAUCAUCAUCAUCCUGAAUGUUUUUUUCUUCAUCAUCACUGUCUGGAAGCUUGCUCAGAAGUUCACCAGCCUCAACCCAGACCUCUCCAAACUGCACAAAAUUAAAGCUUUCACCGUGACGGCCAUAGCCCAGAUGUGUAUUCUGGGUCUGAUGUGGGUAUUUGGGGCCUUCUUGUUUGAAGAAGACACCACAGUAGUGGCAUAUAUUUUCACCAUCCUCAACAGCCUGCAGGGUGCACUGGUCUUCAUCAUGCACUGUCUGCUGUCUAAACAGGUGAGAGAUGAGUAUGCCCAUUUCCUCUCCUGCAUCUGCGCGCAAGAGAAGAAGAGAUACUCAGACUUCAGCAGCACCAAUCCUUCCAGCAGUCAGUCACAACAGUCGCAGAGUGGGCAGCACACCGGAGAAUCCCACAUAUGAACAUCUCUAUUUGUAAAUCUCUCCAGAUGACAGACUCACCCACAUCUAUUCUUGGCUUAGUUAGCCCUGGUUGACACAAAAGAGUUGACACAUUUUGCAUGUCAGUUAAAUUGUGCUCUGAUGUCAUGUAAAAAACAAAAAAACAACAACAAAUCUUAAAAGGUCAGUUUUGGAGCCUGCAGGAGUUAAAUUAAGUAAAAUUAAUAACUGAGGUUGUUGGACUGUCUGAAUGUUAGUAUAGAAAAUGGUACUGAAUGGCUGCAAGCAGGCAUUGUGUGUUUUUAAAGAGUCACUUAACACUGAACACAGAUGAAGUUUGCCUCUCUUGUGAAAUCUCAGGCAUUUGAAACCUUAAUAAAGUUAGUGGGACCAAACCGUUUUACAACUCAAAUUCCCUGAACCUAAACCUGGUAAAGUGAAAAGCAUUACCUGGGUCGUAAGGUGUGCCAUAAACCUCAUAAUUCUGAAUCCACUCUUAGUGGAUAGAGUUGUAGUUAACAUAUGUCUAAUAAAAUAAUCUGAUGUGCGUAUCAUUCAUGUCACAGCAGGCAAGAAGAAGCUAGCUGUGUCUGAGGAGAGCUAUAAGUCAAGAGUGAAUCUACAGUAUUAGAGAAUCUUAUUGGUUCAUCCAGAACAUAUCACAAACAUUAUAUAAGCUGCAAUCCAGUUAGAGUGAUCAAGACUGAUAAAGAUGUAUUUAUUUAGUGCAGAAGUUAAAGUCUACAUUAUGUAGACUGCGAGGAUAUAUGAGCUUAAUAUGAGUUUAAUGUAAAAAUAAGGGUGAGCGUGGAUAUUUCUCAUGGAGUGGUGAUACAAAUUACCCAGGAAGUGCCUGUGAGUUUCCACACGUUCCCUUGUGGGCUCCUGCAAUGAUUUGUUGUUUUAGUUGUUUCUUAGAUUUUAAACAAAAUAAGUGAUUUAAAAUAAAUCAUUUAUGGCUGAUUUUAGAGAUCUAUCUGGGUUUAUAGUAGAGCUGCACCUUUCCCCCCACUAGUUUAUGUGAAGCUUCAGUGUUUAAUUUCUAUAUAUAUAUAUGUAUAUUCUUUGUUACCAAGCUGACUAAUUCAGUCCAAAAAUGCUGCUUGGGCAAAUUGUUAAGACAGACCCACCCUUGUGAUAAGCAUGCCAUUUCCUGAAAUCAGACUAUGUUUAUGGGAUACAUUAUUAUGUUGUUAUCAUAGCUGAUAGUCACAUCCUUGAAGCAAAAAUUUGUAGCUGUACAGGCCACAGUUUGUUUCGUUUAUUGCACUUUUACAUUGUAACAAUUAUGAUCCAGCACACCUUUACUCAUGUAGUGCAUGUGAGCCUUGAGACUAGACUCAUUUACAAAUCCUAAACAGUUCAAUUGCUGUAAAAGUAGAUAGAUAGAAACAGAUCAAACGUGUCAAUCUUCCUACACAAAAAUGAGAGGUAUUUUAACAGGUGAACUGUUCUUUGGUUUGUUAGUGUGACUGCAUCUUUUAUGACCAUCAUUUAAUCAUGUGUUGUAAAAUGUAUUUCUAUGUGAAAAAACUGUAUUACGUAUUAUGCAGCUCUUUGUGAAUGUAAGAAUUGCUGUUGUUAGAAUUUACUAUGGUUAUAUGAGUUAUACAAACCUAUUUUUUUACUUUGUUUUGUUGUAUGUCUGCCGGUACUGUUUUUUUGUUAUUUUUUUUUUCCAAAGAAUAAGUACACAAAAUAUAUUAAAGCUUCAACUAUUCAUCUGAA